UACAUCUUCUUUUCAACUGAGCCGAGUCUUUUACCUGGGAGAAAAUGAACCAUGGAUUGUGCCAAAUGGAUCUGGUUUCCUUGUGUACAUUCAGUCCUACAGCUGUCAUCCUCUCUUUGGAGUCCUAUAAAAUUAAGAACCCCGUCAGAAAGCUUCAUGAAAUAUGUGUAGAAGAGGCUUAAACGAUAAAAGUUACACCAAUAAUAACCAAGUAAAGUUUUUGGACCACACCAAGUAUGAAGAUCUGUUCAAAAGAGCCCAGCAACACACCCAUGACGUGGAAAGCCAAAGGAAAACCAAAGAAGAUCCUGAAAUGCUCGCCAGAGCCGGGGAAUUGUUUCAAUCUCAUAUACUUUCGAUGUUCACCAGUAUGAUGGCGGGUCUCCUCAGUCUUAUGUUCGUGCCAAGUAUCGUGAACGUACUCAGCACAACCAGGAAGUCAGAGACCCCCAUCAAAGCCUUCAACAGAUACUUGAGCACCUUGAACCACGUCCUGGAGUGGUACAAAUCGCCAAUGGAGCGACUCGAGUCUCUCAAGAAGGUGCGACAUCUUCAUACGAAGGCCAAUGCGGUGGCCCUCAACAAUCAGGGGGUUGGGAUGACGCAAUUCGACAUGCUGGUGACUCAAUGGGCAUUUGUGGGACCAAUUUUCAUCAUCCCUGAACGAGUUGGGAUUAGAGCCAUCGGCGCAAAGGAUUUGGAAGCCUUGGCCCAUUUCUGGUAUCUCAUCGGGUUUUAUUUGGGCGUGAAAGAUGAGUUCAACCUGUGCGUAGGUUCAGUGGAGGAAAUUCAGCAAUUCAGUCGGGCGAUCCUUACCCAGGUUAUCAAGCCGAGUUUAGAGUCACCAGAUACGCUAAAGCGAAAUAUGGCCGAUUCCUUGCUGAUUGGGAUCAAUCUACUCAACCCAUUGGUUUUCCCCAAAGCUUUUCUUUGCUUCAUUUUCAAGAUGUACGAAGCGGAUAUUUUCGAGCAAUAUCAAAAGAGGCCGAAAGAGUUUUUGGGUACAUUCACAUUGGACUCGCUCAUGUAUCGUUUCAUGUGUUGGGUAUUUGAUGUUCUAUUCCACAUCCGAAUGACCAAUGGAAUCAUGAGAUGGAUUGUCAACGCACUCAUGCGACUGGAUAUCUAUUUGGCGAAUUAUCUCAAACUGAGGACAAUCCGCGUUUAUAAAAAGGCCCAUAAAAUUGAUUGAGGAGUUGAAACGGCCAAGUCAGGCACAAUACAAUUGCCCGCCAAGGCAACGACUCUUCAGGCCGGUACAAAUUUCAAUAAAUAUGUGUUUAUUGCGUCGAUAAAUUUUGAUAUGAGGAAAAAUAAAAGAGGAUUCAGA